GCCAUUAAUGCGUGACAUUGCAUUUUAUGUGGGUGCCACUUUUAUGGUCUGGUUUAUCUUAUGGAGGACUAGGAUUUAUCUCAAGAAUGCAAUCGCGUUGGUGGCCGUAUAUGUGUGUUAUAUCGCAGUCGUCAUAAUCGGCCGAUACUUUUAUUUGAAGACCAAGAAAGCCAAAGACGCCCAGAAAAGUGAGACAUCGUCUGUGGGUUCAACGGAUGUCAGUGUCAUUUCGGACAGUAUUGAUAAGACUAGUAAGAGUAGUCCCGAUCCCGAAGCUUUUGGUGCAAAUAUAACCUUUAAGAGUAAGAGCAAUAGAAAUUUGACGACAAAACGGCAAACAUCGCGCUCACUGAGCGAGGAACAGGAUAUUGUCUUAACCCGCUUCUACCGAAGGGGCACUUUGCGGACACCUCGACACAGCCGGGCCAACUCAUUUGUCAAGAAGUUAACCCGACACCAUCACGACAAUGUGCUGGCUGUCAUUGAACGCAAUUAUGACGACCAGUAUAACAAAGUGCUGGACAAACGU